GAGAAAGGAAGAAAAGGAGACGAAAAGAGAAACCCAGAACAGAGACGGACGAGUCGAGUCGAGUCUCCCCUUUCUUCCUUCCGCCCGAGAAACCCUAACUCCCGGAUAAUAGGAAGAUUGGGAAUCUUUGCGGCUUUGAUCUCGACGAAGAAAGAAGCAGCAGCCAUGGCGGAUGGAUUUGAGGACAAAUUGGCCUACUUCCAGGCCAUCACCGGCCUCGACGAUCCCGACCUCUGCACUGAGAUCCUUUCCGCCCACAAUUGGGAUCUCGAACUCGCCAUAUCCUCCUUCACCUCCCAUGCUCCCCCCUCCUCCUCCGAUCCACCUGCCGUCGCCGCCGCCGCCGCCGCUCCCGCUCCCACUCCCGCUCCCGCUCCCCCUCCCGGCCUAGCCUGGAAGAUCGUCACCCUCCCAUUCUACGUCGUCUCCGGUGGCGUCCACCUCGUCACUGGCGCCGUGGGCCUUGGCUUCUGGAUCGCCGGCGGCGUCAUGUCCCGGACGCUCGGUCUCCUUGGCCUCGCCGCCGCGCCCCGCGGCCAGGAGGGCGACCGCCUGAUCCCCCUCUCGGCCUCUGCGGCUGAGGCUGCAGACUUCGUUGCCGCCUUCGAGAGGGACUACGGAGGUGCGGCAGCCGACAGCAAGCCCCACUUUGUACCGGAGGGGUUCAUGGACGCCCUCCAGCGGUCCCAGCGGGAGUAUAAGCUCAUGUUCGUGUACCUGCACUCAUCAGAACAUCCAGACGUGCCGGCCUUCUGCGAGGGAUGCCUGUGCUCGCCUGUCGUUGCUGCUUUUGUGAAUGAGAACUUUGUGGCUUGGGGCGGGAGCAUAAGGAGGGAGGAGGGUUUCAAGAUGAGCAACAGCCUCAAGGCAUCGAGGUUCCCCUUCUGUGCCAUUGUCAUGCCCUCCACCAACCAGAGGAUUGUUCUACUUCAGCAGAUUGAGGGCCCAAAGUCUCCUGAAGAAAUGCUUACUAUUCUUCAACGUGUGAUAGAAGAGUGUGCUCCUUCAUUAGUUGCAGCAAGACUUGAUGCAGAAGAGCGACGAAACAAUCAACAGUUACGAGAGGAGCAAGAUGCUGCAUAUAGAGCAGCACUUGAAGCGGAUCAAGCUAGAGAGCGUCAGACGAUUGAAGAAGAGGAGAGGUUGAAGAGGGAAGCUGAAGAGGCUGAAAGGAAGCGUAAAGAGGAAGAGGAGGCCUUGGAAAGAGCAGCUCGUGAAGCUGCUGAUAAAGAAGCUGCUCUUGCUAGAAGGCGGCAAGAGAAAGCAAUGUCACUUGGUGUUGAGCCUGAUAAAGGACCGGAUGUCACCCAAGUCCUUGUUCGAUUCCCGACUGGAGAGCGCAAGGAAAGGAGGUUCAAUAGUUCGGCUACAAUUAGCGCUUUAUAUGACUAUGUUGAUUCAUUAGAGUGCUUGAAAGCUGAAAACUACACACUGGUCUCGAAUUUUCCCCGCGUUUCCUAUGGUCCAGAAAAGCAUUCAUUGACACUCAAGGAAGCAGGUUUGCAUCCACAGGCAAGUCUUUUUGUUGAGAUCCACUCAUGAGAGUUUAAGCUAUCGAGAAGAUGAGAUCCUGAUCAUCAAGCCUUGGAACUCUGAUAUGGCCUGUAGAUACAUCUUUUCCUUCUAAACAAAGGAAAGGGAAACUCCAUCUUUAUGAACGAUCACUCAAAAUGUAUUGUAGGUCAUAUUCCUCGCUGUUAAAUAUGAUCCUUAACGAUGAAUUAGUUUCUAUAUUUUUCCGUCAGUAACAAUAAAUUUUGGUAUCAGGGCCGUGUGUUUCAAUUCAA